UACAAAUAUAUAUUUAUUUAGAUAAAAAUAAUUCCAAAGAAAUAAAUUUAAUUUAUUAAAUUAUUUAAAAUACUCCUAUAAAAGUAUAAUGUUAGUUAGAAAGCAGUUUUUUUUUAAAAGAGUGUAAAUAAUGAACUUAAUCAGUAUUUUGUUUCAAUAACAUUAAUCAAAAAUUUUGAGGUUACAAUUAAUGAAAAAUUUUUUUUUUUAAUAUCGUGACUUGCAGCUAAUAAUUUUGUGAAUAAAAUGGAGAAAAUGAAACUAUCUGCACUAUGGUUAUUUACACUUUUUGGAAUACCUGUUAUGUUUCCUUGGUUCUUGUAUUAUUUAUAUACCGUUAUGAUGUUUAAGAAAAGAAAAUCUUCUCUCAGAGGCAAGGUAGUAAUGAUAACAGGAGCAAGUUCUGGUUUAGGAGAAGCAUUAGCUCAUGUUUAUUACAGUUGUGGUUGUCGUUUAAUUUUAAUUUCAAGAAGAAAAGAAGAAUUGCAACGAGUAAAGGAUACAUUAAUGAAUUUACACUAUACUGUUCCAACACAUCCACCGGUGAUACUUCCGUUUGAUUUAACAGAAAUAAAUUCAUUAAAUUCGGAAGUUGAUAAAGUUAUAAAAAUCCAUGGUACAGUUGAUAUUUUAAUAAAUAAUGCUGGCAUUUCAUACAGAGGCGAGGUAGAAAAUACAAAUGUCGAUGUCUACAUUAAAGUGAUGCUUAUAAAUUAUUUUGCACAAGUUGCAAUAACCAAAGCCGUACUGCCAACAAUGGUACAACAAAAAUCAGGUCACAUAAUUUGUAUAAGUAGUAUUCAAGGAAAAAUAGCUCUACCUGGCAGAUCGGCCUAUGCAGCUUCAAAACAUGCUUUACAAGCUUGGAGUGAUUGUUUACGAUCAGAAAUUGCCGAUAAAAAUAUUCAAGUUACUGUAAUUAGUCCAGGACAUAUUCAAACUGCACUUUCUCUCAAUGCUUUGACCGAGAGUGGUAAAAAAUAUGGAGUAAUGGAUGAAGCAACAGAAAAAGGAUUUUCAGCAAAAUAUGUAGCCGAGGAAGUACUGAAAUCAAUGUUAAUUGGUAGCAAGGAUGUGGCAAUAUCUCCACCUUCUCCAAAAUUUGCGAUAUUAAUUCGCACACUUUGCCCUUCGUUUUAUUUUUGGAUUAUGAAAAUAAGGGCUAGAAAAUCUAAGGCUAGUUCAUCAAAAACGAAAUAAGUCGUUACGAUUAUUUUUGUAUAUAUUAUGUUGUUUUUUUUUUGUUUUGUUAUUUCGGUGAAUAAUAAAAUAGAAAAUUUUUCAUUUGAUUAAUUUCAUAAAAUAUA